GCUGUCUGUGCACCUCCGAGCUGUUGCCCCUCUCUAUUGCAUCUUUGCGUCUUGCACGACAACCACCUAUCAACCACCUAACCUAUAGCCAUCAUUCACGAUGGGAGGCCAUCUAGUGACGGUUGCGACAUGCAACCUAAAUCAGUGGGUUCUCGACUGGGAGGGCAACCUGAACCGCAUUGUUGAGAGCAUCCACAUCGCAAAAGCGGCCGGUGCUCGGCUUCGUGUCGGUCCCGAUGAGAGCACCCAUGGUAUUCUCCUGGACAUUGGCAUGCCCAUUCUCCACAGGAAUCUCAGAUACAAUUGCCGGGUUAUUUGCCUCGACGGAAAGAUUCUCCUGAUCGUGAGCCUGACCACUCUCGCCGCAAUGGGCAUCCGGCUGAUGGUUACUAUGUAG